CCCAUCCCUAGCCUGAAUUCGGUCGGAUUGAAUUCGUCGGGUCCUCACUAUUACUGCGUGAUUGCUCAGGGUUUACUGCUCAGUCCUGGGCUGAGCUGAGCCAAGGCACACUCUUACCCCGAGCCAUCUUUGCCGUCGUCUAAUGGUCCCCUGCACCACGCUGCGCUGCAUUGUACGAGGCGACUCUGGCUGUCACAUUCAAACAGCCUCUCAGGCGCGCCUUCUCUCUGUUUUCUUCUCCAUCUGUCUGCCUACCGGAGUUCUAUCUCCCAUCCUUGACUCUUUUGGUGACAACCUAACUCUCACCUGGACCACGAGCUUCUCCGCUCCCUGCCUCCUGACUUUGUUCACAUUACCUGAUUUUAACCGUUGCUCUUUGCAACUCACCCACCGCCAUACGACUUAUCUCCUCGCCUUGCACUCGUAAUCAACAGUUACGACACAAUAAUAGAAGUUCUUCCAACCUUCAACAGUCU